CUCCGAGAAGCUCGCGAGUGUCUGUGUGCCCAUAGCGGGUCUUUUGCGGCGCAAAUCGCCCAGCCAGUCUUUAGUGGUCAUCGUGGCAGACCUAGCUACCGGAUCACAGUGGAACAGCUUCAGUUUUUAAUUGAUCGUCGAUUUUCUGUCAGAGAAAUAGCGUCUCUUCUGGGAGUGGGAGUCCGUACGGUGGAGCGGCGAAUGCAUGAAUUUGGAUUGAGCGUAAGACGUUCCUAUAGCACAAUAACUGACGCAGAACUAGACUUAGCAGUCGAAAGUAUACUACGUAGCUUUCCCAACGCUGGCUACAAGAGAAUGUCCGGUUUUCUAACGUCCCGUGGUUUGCGUGUUCAGCAAAAUCGGAUACGUUCCUCAAUGCGUCGCGUUGACCCACAAGGAUGCCUCUUGCGAUCGCUUGAGAUGAACACCUUGUACUGUCGCUGUUAUCGAGUAUAUGGCCCUCUUGCUUUGUGGCACAUAGAUGGCAAUCAUAAGCUCAUCAGGUAAGAACCAAAGGCAGUCCUACCAUAGGCCUUGGCCAUUUCUAUGUCCUAAAAAUUCCAAUUUAAAUUUAUUUAAGGAGAGGUGGAUCAUUAAUUUUUUUAAUUAGAACGAUUUGACUUGAAACGAACCAAUCAAUCAAUCAAUCAAUAAUCUUUAUUUAUACACGAUAAGUAUUUAAAGCGACGCUUCGCUUGUGGGGUCGUGAACGAAGUGAACGGAUAUCUUUGCUUGCAUGGGAAUCUGAUGUUACAUAACUUAAUUUUAGUAAAACCUGGUUUCUUAAACACUUUUGAAUCUAUAAUUUUGUGGCCAAAAAACUUUUAGUACACUACAAACUACUAUGUCAGAUGGCGCUAAUUGUGCCAAAAGUCAUUUUUUAAUUUUCAUUUAUUUCUCUGUACUUUUUCCCCUGGAAUAUGAAAUCUCCCGAAAAAUAAGAAACAUUGCAACUUGCGUUAGAAAUAUCAGGGUUCAGUGAAAGCCCUCAAUCAUUUUUCAUUCCGUGCUUAAAGUUUCUUACACUGUCCAUUGUAACCUGGGCCCAGUUGUUUGAAGGCCGAUUAGCCAUAACCCAGGGUUGGAUUUUAAUCUGGCUCUCUUUUUUUUCUAUCAAAAGCAUUGUCUCGGAUAAUUUUCUCUAUUCUUUUUAGAGUAUCCAAUCACCAAAUUGUAGACAAAAAGAAUUCAACUGAAUUUGCUUUCUACGCUUUCAUGUCUUAAUUCAUAUUUCGCACUAACCCUGGGUUAUCUCAACCCAGCUGUGAACAACCCAGCCGUGGUGUUUAUCCACAUGGUACUCUGGGCACCAGAUAUCUCCCCAAUUUUGGAUUAAAGAAAUCUUGGUGAAAAAAUGUCUCUCGCUUCCAUUUGAGCUUCUGAUGCAGUGAGUUGUUCAUUUGGAUUUUAUUACAGGCUUCUGGAGCCAGGGUAUAUCCAUUAACAAAAUUUAAAUACUUGCCUUACAUUUGGGGACUUAUUUUGAUACAGUUCAACCUCUAUGUAACAAAGGCCUGGCCAAGGGAGUGGCAAAAUAUGUUCCAUAGAAUGGGGUUGUCAAAGUCCAUAUUCAUACCCUUCACCAUUUCUAAGGCUGACAAUAUCAUUCAUAGUACUGAGGAUCAUCUGUACUGUACUUAUUUAGGAUCAAAAGUUUCUUUGGUUUUGCAUCGGAAUUGAGAUUCCGGGCAAAGCAAAGCAAAGAAAGUGUCGUUGGAAGUGUGAUUGACAUCAUCAUCAUCAUUAUUAUUAUGUACGGCAGGUGGAGAGUUGUCAUCCAUGGCGGUAUUGAUGGAUAUUCCAGAAUGAUUGGCUACGUAAAAGCGUCAACAAACAACCGUGCCAAUACUGUCUUCAGGUUGUUUCACACAGCUGUACAAAGCUAUGGGCUACCUUCAAGAGUAAGGUCAGAUAAGGGUAGAGAGAAUGUAGAAGUGGCUUUGUUUAUGCUUUCGCACCCCAUGCGAGGUCCUGACAGAGGAAGCCACAUUGCUGGGCGGAGUGUCCACAAUCAAAGAAUAGAGAGGUUAUGGAGGGAUGUCUUUGUGGGUUGCACAUAUGUGUUUUAUCAUUUAUUUUACCACAUGGAAAGUUCUGGUGUAUUGGAUCCAACAAACGAGCUUCAUUUGUUUGCACUACAUUUUGUAUUUGUUCCAAGGAUUAAUGAAAACUUUAAGCUAUUUUGGGAAGGACACAACAGAGGCCCAUUAAGUUCUGAGCAUAACUACUCCCCAGAACAGUUAUGGAUACGUGGAAUGUUGUCUAUCGCCAACAGUGAGAGAAGGACAGCCAUUGAAUUCAGCAGUCAGGUUUGCAAUUUGUUUCCGAAAUAUUGCUACACUUGUAGGUCACAAAAUUGUUAUUUUGUGACCAAAUCCUGCUAUGAUUUUGUUCAUUUUUAGUUGCUUUACAGUAUACCAGGAUCAACAUGUUUUGUUAUGUCCCUGUCCUAGUGUGUAUUUGUGAUUUAUUUGUGUGAGUUCUUUAUUUGCAAUGCCCCUUUUUGCAUGAAUUGCACCCAUCUGACAGAUAAUACCUUGAUGAAGGAACAAGCUUGAUCCAGCAUUUCAAGACUGAUCAGGUUGUAAGAGUAAAUAACAAUUGAGUGGCUGCUAUGGAAGACGAUAGUGUUUGGUUAAAACAUAAGGUCUUAAAAUACAAUAAUUGGUUGUUUAAAUUAAUACUGUAGACAACAAAACUGUUGAAAGUGUACAUGAUAUUUUUUUAACCACGGAACUUCCUUUUCUGCAGAGUGACGAGACCACUUAUGGAAUAGACUAUGAAGGACCAACACCUUCGGAAGAAUGGCAUGGUGCCCUCCUAUCAAAUGAAAACAACACAGUUGAAGUUCCCCCAACUGGCUGUCCUCUUAAUGAUAGUGACUGGCAAGAGCUAAACAGAAACUAUGAUCCAACCCGGGAGUCAUUAUACCAUGGUGUGGACAUAUAUCUGGAAGUACUUGAAUAUGUUGAAGGAAGAAUUCUUAGCAACGACUUGGAAUAA